AUGGCCGACGUGUCGCGCGACCCUUCGUCGCUGAUCUCCACGAUACCGGGCGUGGUCCGGAAUCCUGACCCUGCCUUGGACGUUGCACACGAGCACCACCACCAUCACCUCCACCAUGGCGCGAACGCGCACGCAGAAGUCAACGACGACAAGGCGUACACCAAAGGUACCACGCUCAAUGAACCGAGCGUAAUACCAGCGCAGGACCCGAAUGACGAUGCGCUUCAUCGGCACGGCCACCCGGAGCGACAAGAAAUUGACGUCGAAAAGUCUGGCGGCUACUAUGAGACUGAACACGGCAGCUUGGAGAAAGAUUCGCAUACCAAUGGCGUCGCCGAAGAGGCGGACCCUAAAAGACACAGGAUCUCUGGGUACUACCGAAGAUACCGCAUCUUCGUUCACAUCUUCAUUGGGAUGUUCUUCACCGGUUGGUGGAUUGCCAGCGUCGUAGUGCACCGACAUGACAAGAAUUGGGUCAUCCCAUUCCUGCUCUGGUUGGCCAUUAUGCUCCGACUCAUCUUCUUCCAUGUCCCGAUUACCAUUGUCACGCGCCCAAUGCACUUUGUGUGGAACAACACGGGUGUACGAUUCGUUGCGCUGAUCCCGGAAAAGAUGCGUAUCUACGCUGGUGCCGCCUUGACCAUUGCCGUUAUGCUUGUCGGAACAUUCGCAAGCGCGGAAUCCGAGGACAACAGCCGAUCAAAUCGUGCCAUCAGUCUGUUCGGCCUGGUUGUCUUCAUCUUCUUUUUCUGGGCCACGUCGCGGAAUAGAAAGAAGAUCGUGUGGCAUACGGUCAUCGUCGGCAUGCUCACGCAAUUUAUCAUCGCACUCUUCGUCCUCAGGACCCAGGCUGGUUACGAUAUCUUCAACUUCAUCUCAACCCUUGCUCGCGAGCUCUUGGGUUUUGCCAAGGACGGUGUGGCGUUUUUGACCACUGACGAGAUCGCUGCCAACAACUAUUUCUUCUUCAGCGUCAUCCCGGCGAUCAUCUUCUUCGUCGCUUUUGUGCAGCUACUCUACUACUGGGGUAUCGUGCAGUGGUUCAUUGGCAAGUUUGCGGUCUUCUUCUUCUGGUCUAUGCGCGUCUCCGGUGCUGAGGCCGUUGUUGCUGCUGCGUCACCCUUUAUUGGGCAAGGAGAGUCCGCUAUGUUGAUUCGGCCAUUCGUCGCACAUUUGACCAUGGCAGAAAUGCACCAAGUCAUGACUUCUGGGUUCGCUACUAUCGCUGGUAGUGUUCUCGUGGCCUACAUUGGCAUGGGCAUCAAUCCGCAGGCGCUUAUAUCGUCCUGUGUCAUGAGUAUUCCUGCCUCUCUCGCCAUUAGUAAACUUCGGUACCCCGAAGAAGAGGAGACUCUCACUGCUGGACGGGUUGUCAUUCCCGACGACGAGGAACACAAAGCCGCCAAUGCUCUGCACGCCUUUGCCAACGGUGCGUGGCUGGGUCUCAAGAUCGCUGGCAUGAUUAUCACCACACUUCUCGUCAUCAUUGCGCUUUUGAAUCUUGUUGACGGACUCUUGACUUGGUGGGGCCGAUACAUCAACCUCGACGGAGACUACGACCUUACUUUGGAGCUUAUCCUUGGCUACCUUUGCUUCCCGAUCGCAUUCUUGAUUGGUGUACCUCGCAGCAAGCACGAGCUCCUUCUUGUCGGACGAUUGAUUGGUGUCAAGGUCAUUGCCAACGAGUUUGUGGCCUUCAACAGCUUGCAAACCGAGCCAGCCUAUGCCAAUCUGUCGCCCCGUGCCAGACUCAUUGCCACUUAUGCCGUCUGCGGUUUUGGUAACAUUGGAUCGCUGGGAACGCAGAUUGGUGUGCUCAGUCAGAUCAGUCCAGGUCGCAGCGGUGACGUCUCGCGUCUUGCUGUUAGUGCACUGAUUUCCGGCGUCGUCUCCACCUUGACCAGUGCCAGCAUUGCCGGCUUGGUUGUCAGCGACCAGGCGAAAUUCACUGCGGUGACUACUUCUUCUUAG